ACCUACCAGUUGGUUUCUACACACGAGAGCCUCGACAGUUGUCGUUCGGUAACUCUCGCGGAACGCAUUCGCUUUGAAGAGUUGCUAUCGAAAUCCUUGUCACUUCAGGAUCCAGUAUCGUUGAAAAUCUCACAGAAAACUUUCUUCGGGUACAACGCGAAUUCACCUGGACACCAUCUUCAGGAUGGCAAAUUUGAAACAGGCUCUGGGCGCGAGCGAGCUUACCGAUAAAAAGGCCGGCCUUUACCGCGCGCUAGUUGCAGAGUUUCUUGGCACGUUGUUGCUGAAUUUCUUCGGCUGUGGAUCUGUCAUCACGGGGAACGUUGUGGCGAUAAGCUUAGCGUUCGGUCUGGCCGUGGCCACAGCGAUUCAAGGAGUAGGACACGUUUCUGGUGGUCAUGUUAAUCCCGCUGUCACGUUUGGUUUAAUGGUUAUUGGCAAGGUGCCAGUUAUUAGAGGCUUAUUGUAUGUAAUACUUCAAUGCAUAGGUGCAAUAGCGGGAUCUGGUAUAUUAAGAGCAUUAUCUCCUGAAAGGAUGGAACAUGCUCUAGGCGUAGUAUCUCUCUCACCAGGCGUUACCCCUGUCCAAGGUUUUGGUAUAGAAUUUUUCCUUGCCUUCGUGUUGGUACUGGUCGUGUGCGGUGCAUGUGACGCGGCAAAGCCGGACAGCAAAGGAAUAGCUCCUCUUAUAAUUGGACUUUCGGUUUCCGUUGGCCAUAUUAUCGGCGUGCCAAGAACUGGUGCAGGUAUGAAUCCAGCCAGAUCAUUUGGUAGCGCUGUUGUAAUGGGUUCGUUCACCGAUCACUGGUUGUAUUGGAUCGGACCAAUCCUUGGUGGGAUGGCAGCUGGAUUGAUCUACGCGUUUGUAAUCGGUCCUGCGAAAGAACCUGAAAAUUCCAAUACAGCGUAUACCGUUGCCGCAACAGACGAGAAGGAGGUAUAGUAAAUAAGUUCGAGUACAUAGACAGUGGACGCGGUGGACUUUAAAAAACAUCGACACAAAUAAAGAAUUCGAAGACGGGAAUAUGAUUUUUUUUUUACAUCAUAUGAUAAGUUUCAUAUGAAAUCGAAAAUAUUCGAAGUAUUAUUUUUACAGCUACAGAGCCUUACCAGUAAGAAGAAAGACAAUCCUGCUUGAUGUUCUAACUACUGCUAACCAACGCAUUUCCAACUGUUUCGAUCAUUAUCUAUGUAAUGAUUUAUAUGCCUAAAAUAAGUGAGUUUUAUGUUAUUUAAUCAUCGCGUUAUUAAGCAAGACUAUUUAAAUAUUUUCCAACGAAG